ACUGUGAGCUGGGAAGGAAUAUUAAGAGUGUAUAUACUAAAUUUGUUAUCUGUUUAAUGAUUAGAUCAUUAAGUACACUUCCUUAUCGCGCCGCGACUUUACACAGAUAUACCACCACGAAGAUGAAACGGAUAGUACCUAUAGGCUUUGUCCUGUUUGGAUUUAUUUUACUCAACAUAAAAGUUGCCGAAUGUAUCACAUGCUUACGCUGUGAAAAUGUCGCUGACUUAAGUAACUGCAAAAAAGCCAUUGUGUGCAAUGCCAACGAGACUUGCUACAUAGAAAAAAUACUGUCUCCAGUUGACUUCAAACCGGUUUACAAUACUGGAUGUAAGGCUUUGGAAUAUUGCAACUUACAAUUAUGUAAUAAGAACGCAUACGGUGACGGGAAUUCAAGGAAGAAACAGGACCAGCGAACAACAUCACACAAUGUUUUAAAUGUGACGAGGUUUAUGAAGGAGGACCACAGUGUACAACAACUGAAGAUUGUGACCUGA